GACAAAAAAAAAAGAAAAGAAAAAUUUUACGACGUGUAAAGAAAUUAACAAAAAACCAAAGAAUUUGUUUAAAAAACUUAACAAAUUAUAAUAAUUCACUUAAGUUAGAUAAAAUAAAAGGAAAACCAACAUGCAAACGGAUGAUUUAUUGCAAUUUAAAGAUUUUUCAAAUACACCCAACACCAGCAGUCCUCCGGCACAAAUAAAUGUCAAUUCACCCACACAUUCCAAUAGCUCCUCGGCCACUGGUAACCGGCAACGUGGUGAUCCUUUGCAGGAUUUAAUCUAUGACAUGAGUAAUUCGGCUAAUAUUUUAAGUGGCACAGGUGGUGGUGGUUCUGCUAAUGGCGGUGGUGGUCCCGGCAAUGCAGCCGAAGGUCUACCAGAACCUGCCACAGCAGGCACAAAUAAAGUGUCUUUUUUGACCUUGGAAUACUACCAGCAAUUUUUCAAUGUUGACACUUUAAUAGUUUUGGAACGUAUUGCUAAUUCUAUGAUACCCAAAAGAGCUCCGGGCAAUUAUUUAAAAUCGAUUAUUGGCCAAAAUCCAGAUUUGUAUGGCCCCUUUUGGAUUACUACUACAUUGAUUUUCAGUAUUGCUAUAAGUGGCAAUGUAGCUAGUUAUUUGCAGCAGGCUGAUGACCAUUACAAGUGGCGUUACAAUUUCCAUUUGGUUUCUGUGGCGGCCAGCUGUAUAUUUGUGUAUGUGAAUUUGUUGCCAGCCGCCUUGUGGGGCUUGUUUAAGUAUAGUUUGAAACCGAUACAGGAGGGUUUGGAAACGGAAAAUGGCGACUACACUCCUUCCCUGUUGACCUUAAUGUGUGUUUAUGGUUAUUCUUUGGCUAUUUACAUUCCUGUGUCCAUUCUAUGGGUCAUACAACUUUCCAUAUUACAAUGGCUUUUGGUCAUCACUGCCGCCUUAUUAUCCGGCUCCGUCUUAAUUGCUGUUUUAACUCCAGCCUUAAGAAAUUCUAAAAUUUCUUUAUUCCUUAUUAUAGCCAUCUUAGGAGCUCACUUCCUAUUGGCGGCCGGCUUUAUGUUGUGUUUCUUCCACGUACCCAGUGGUGGCAGUGUAGCAGCCAUUGCUACAACAGCAGCACCCAUUGUUAAUGUGGUGAAGCAUUCGGUGGUGACAACGGCCAGAGCUUUGGUGGGCAAUAUAAAUGAUACAAAAGUUUAAUAAGUCUAUAUAGAGCGCGCAUAUACUAUUGAUUUUUUUAUGUAAGUUUGAUUUUUAAAAUUAAGAAAGUAUUAAAAUUAAUAAAAGGAAAUUUAAUUAAUUGCGAAAAUAAUGAUGAAAA